AGGAGGAGCCGGUCAAGGUGCGUUGACAGAACCUGCAAGAAAGAAAGACUUUUCCGUUGUAGUUCUUUUUUAAAAACAUGUUGUUGAGCCAAGAGAGCGUCCUGUCGGUCCUUCUAUCCGAGGGUGGUCGAGUGAGGAAAUCCGAGCUGGUGUCUCGCUUUAAAGACUCGGUGGACUGCGACGAUGCGGCUGAGAAGGCUCGGAACAGAGAACUCUUUAAGACUUUUGUUAACAAUGUCGCCUACGUGAAGGAGAGCGAGGGUGUCCGCUAUGUGGUGCUCAAGAAGAACUACCUGAAAUGUCUGCAGGAGAAGCAGGAGGAAACGGAGGACAAGGAGGAGAGUCCACCUGAAGGAGAAGGAGAAGCGCUGCUGUCUCCUUUUGAGCUUGCAUUGCAGAGGAGCAAAGAUUCAGAAAUAAAAGUGCAGAAGAUGCUCACUUUUGUAGCCAAACCCGACGCUUUACCCCUGAUGAUGCCCUCCAUGGACCUCAAAGUGGACACCCCUGAAAGCCCCUUAAGUACCAGAAGGAGACCGCCUCCAGAUGAGUCUAAAGAUACCAGAAUCCCCUCUUCGGUUCCUCUAGACCAGGCGGAGCACGAGUGGCUGGUGAAGUGCGCCUCUGGUCACUGGAGUCAGGUCUACGGUCUCAUGCUGAGAGACUGCCAGCUAGUCCACAAACGGGACUUCAUGUCAGGCUUCACCGCCCUGCACUGGGCCGCCAAGCACGGCAAUGGCGGCAUGCUGGAAAAGCUUGUCGACCUCUCCAGAGAGACGGGCAUCACUGUGGACAUCAACGCCAGGACGCACGGCGGCUACACGCCGUUACAUGUCGCCGCCUUGCACAAGCAGGACUACAUCCUGGUUAGACUAGUGGCGGAGUACGGUGCCGAUGUGAGGAUACGGGAUAACGGCGGGAAAAAGGCGUACCACUAUCUGCACAAGGACGCCUCGGAGACCAUCAGGGAGAUGUUAGGCCAACCUAAAGUCCGGCAAUCUGACGACGACAAGGAGGAGCUGUUCCAGGAUGUGUCCAAGGGCCGCCAUUCUAUAAGUCGCCUCUUCCAGCCUCAUGUGAGGCCGCACAGGAGGGGCCACAAGCAGAGGGCCGCGUUCUUCUCAUUAAGUGACGAACCGGCUGGCGACGAACAAGAGGACGGGGUCUUCAGACACAGGAUCGUAUCAGACGCUUUCGCAUAACUAUCCUUCGUGGAUCGUUUUUCUUAACAAACAGUCCUUCUGAAUGUUCUAAACUCCUCUUUUCAUGCUAAGGUUAUAUUCUACACACUCAAAACAUGAAUUGAAACGGAAUCAACAGCACCUCUGCUGGAUGAAGCCAAGUACUGCACUCCAGUUAGCAUUAAUCAGCAAUCAGUGCCUCAUUUCUGUGUAUUUUCUUGCGGGAUGUCCGAUAAUUAUCGGUACCAAUAAUUAUCGGUCCGAUAUCAGUAUCAAAAUGUGAUAUUGGUUCAUAUUGGUAUCUGAUUUUUUUUCCUGAUCAUGAAAAUCAAUAUUAAAAAAAUGCUAUACACAACACAUAUGUGUUCACUCCACCACAUAUCAGUAUCGGCUGAUAUCGGUAUCAGAAAUUGAGAAUUGGACAAAAUCGGUUUUCAGCAAAAAAAAUUCAAUAUCAGACAUUGCUAGUUUUUAUGUAUCAGUCAUUCUAACACAAUAAAUAAUGGUGAUGGUGCAAAAAUAUUGUCUGUGCUCGCCUAGCAAAUAAAUAAUUGGGUAAAAUAUCACCAUGGCAAUGUAUCUUAUUGUAGUAUUAAUACACUAAAAUUAAAUAUGUGUGUGUACCAAUGACAUGUCAACAUCAACACAUUAGGAACAUUAUUUUAGUAACCCUGCCUACCCCCUUGUGUGUGUGUGUGUGUGUGUGUGUGUGUGUGUGUUUGCCUGAGGUCAGCUGACACUAGCGUUCCCACGAAACACACACCGUGUUUGACGUCAAGACAAUGGCUCAUCUCUAAGCCUCAGGCCUCGUCAUUAUGCACAAGAAAUUAUUUAAAGAAGCUGUUGUUUGUCACUAUUUUGUAUAUUUAUUUUGGUCCGCUGGUCCUUUAGUCAGCCAUUAUUCCAGUAUUUUCUUCUGAUAUUCUUUGUUAGAAGUUGACUGAAUUACUGUAAAUAAAUUGGAGUUAA